AUGGCCAAGUCGAAGAAACAAGGGCAGCCGUUCUGGCUUGGGGGUGCUGCUGCAUCGAUGGCUGCAUGUUUCACCCACCCGCUAGAUCAGACGAAAUAUAGGAUGCAAGUGAUGUCAACAAGGCAAAGCAUGCUGCGGGCGAUGAUCCAAUUCGCAAGCAGAGACGGCAUUCCCUCACUGUGGUGGGGAAUCUCGGCUUCGAUGCUUCGCCAAUCCACAUAUUCGACCGCGAGGUUCGGCCUUUAUAACCAUUUUGCGGGUAUCGCCAGAGAACGAACCGGGCAAAGACGAUUACCCAGCUCGUGGGAGAUCGCCUGCGCGGGUGCUGCAGGUGGUUUGGCCGGACUCAUCGGAAAUCCCACAGAGGUUGCGCUAGUGAGGAUGUGUGCGGAUGGAGCAAGAUCGCCAAGUCAGCGAUUCGGAUAUAACCAUGCCCUUGAUGCCAUUAUCAGGAUCGGCCGUGAAGAAGGAGUGCGGACCUUCAGCAGAGGCCUAGGUCCCAACAUCGUCCGCAGCGUCAUAAUGAAUGUCUCUCAGAUAGCAACGUAUUCCGCAGCCAAGCGACAGCUCCUUUCGAACCCUUCAUUAGGCCUUAGCGAUGGCAUCUUCACACAUUUCCUCGCCUCGUUGCUUGCGGGCACUGUUGCAACGACUGCUUGCGCACCUGCCGAUGUUUUGAAGAGCCGGAUCCAGAAUGCGGUUGCUGUGGAUGGCGUGAAACCAAGCGUAAGCAAGAUCAUCCUCGAGUCUUUGCGCAAUGAGGGACCUGGAUUUCUGAUGAGGGGCUGGACUCCGGCUUGGUUGAGGCUGGCGCCGAACACAGUCCUCACUUUCGUCUUCAUCGAGCAGCUGCAGAAAUUGGUGACGUUGUCAAGAAAUAUGAAGUCCGUCGAACCAGUUCCCGAUGUAGUGCCCGCACCUGCGGCCCCUCAGAAGAUUUGA